CUAUCGAUUAUUUUGAAACCUACGCAAGUAUUUUUAUUUAAUAAACCAAAUUAGAAAAAAUAUUUCUUUCAUUUUCAGAAAGAAUGUUAGCUAACGUGAAAACCAGUAACAAAAAAAUGGCACAUAUCAAGAAAUUACUUAUAUUGUUAAGUAUUAUGAUACUGGGCGUAUCGGCAGAUUUAAGCAAUAAAUGUUGUAAAGAUGAUGCCCACUUAGUUAUGAGAACUAGGCGAUGCAGCGACGGUUCGAAGCCGUUUCUAGACUGCAAUAAGUAUCUCUACAAAAAGAAAAGAGGAGUUACUACAUUCUCAUUAGAUUCUCACGAAAAUUUAGUUAUCGAAGAAAACCCCAACCACUCAGAAUUUACAAUAGAACACGGAAGUUACUGCCUAGAUAAUCUAAACGAUACGGAUGAAAAUGUUGCAUUAAUAUGUUUCGACGAAAGCAAUGAGCCCUUCUGGGAAUUGAGGGGUGGCUGUGCAAUUUUAUCUAUUAUAUUCAUGAUAUUAGUCCUUAUUGUAUACUUUCUUGUGCCAAUUUUAAGAGACCUACAGGGAAAAUGUACAAUGCAUGCCGUAGCAAAUUUAACUAUGGCUUUUGCAGUUCUUGCAACUGUGCAACUCGGACGUUUUGACUUUCCAGCGUGCGAAAUACUAGGUUUUAACAUAUAUUUCUUUUUCCUAUCGGCAUUCGCGUGGCUAAAUGUGACCUGUUUUCAUGUAUGGAGAAAUACAGUACGCCCUACCACACCUUCAAGUCCUAAGUAUCUGUACUGGAUUUCUAUAGCUUAUGGUUAUGGUAUUCCCCUAACAUUCCUUACAGGAGCAAUAAUUUCCCAUACUGUGCCUGGAGAACAUCUUAAACCUGGCAUAGGAACCAACUCAUGCUGGUUGUCAGGUGAAAAGGCAAGCUGGAUCUAUUUUUACAUGCCAAUAACUUUUGUACUGGUCACAAAUAUCAUAAUGUUCUGCUGGACUGGUACAAUACUUUGGAAAACAGUUGGAAGUAAUUUCAGGCAAAGUCACAAGCUGAAGGUUCUCAAAACAAAGUACGUAAUAGGUAAUUUUGUAUUUCCAAAUAGAUACCUACACAUACGUUAGAUUUUAUGUUAAAAAAGGGAACCUUUUUUCUUAUUCUAUCGUGAUAAUUGUUUAAAUUGUCGUUAAUCUGGAGCCGAUUAAACAUGAACAAUAAAGAACAAUAAGUUCUUAGUGAACAGUUUACAAAAACUAUCGAAUGUGGAUCGCGAUUUAAAACUUAUUAGUUCUCUUCAGCACGCCCCAUAUGCAGUUUCGAUAAAUUAUUAUCAAACCGAUAAAAGCAAGAUAUAAAACUAUAAAGUGAAUACUGCGUACGUAUUUCGCUCACGUAAAAGCAAAGUUUGUCAAGUCGGGACUUGUUCCUUUGGUAAGAUAUAACUUCGUGUAUGCUAUGGAACAUUAGAAAUAUCUAAGCCUUACUAAGGAUAUUAAUCCACUAAUUAGAAAAAGAAAAAAAAGAUUUUGUUUUUUCGUUACAUCUUACAUUAGGGGCUGUACGUAAACAGUAAGUAGUAAAAGGAUAUUCUGAACCAUACGGCAAUGUGGUUUCUUAUUAUUAACAAGAAAUAAAAGUGUUUAUUUAGUGGAUCAAAAAAAUCAGACGGAUUCCCUUCUGACUUACAGAGGCAAACAUAAAAAAUAUUACAAAUCUGCUUUAAAUCGUCCGUGUUAAGUAAGAAUUCCAAUGACUACUAAAGUCAGUGCUGCAGCAUUAACUUUACAAAGGACCCCGCUAGAUCCUUACGGAAACUGGCAGUCUUCGAAACUUCGGAUUCGACUUUAAGGGACUGUGUCUCAAAAAGUCGAGUUUUUACAGCUUAGUGCCCAUUGAGACUUUUGAUCUAUACAUCGAAAACCACCAGAAUCCAAAAAAAUUUCAUAUAAUUUGGCAGAGAGCCAUUUUCCGAAGAGAUAUAGCGGAGUCAUUAAAGAAUCCAGAAUAUUAAUAGUUACUGAUCAAAAUGUUAAUAGCAUAAUGACUAGUUGUUCCUAAAAAGGUCCAGUCUCAGAAGAAUUGACUAUGAAAAUUUCGUUUUAAAAACGUUGUCGACUGUUUAUUGUAAGCGGGAGGGGUCCAAGAAUAAAUCACGUUAGACCAUGUAGCGA